UGACCGGCGCCGGCCCGCAACCUCUGCCGCCGCUGCACCUGGGUCCGAUCUCUGGUCGGACCCGCCCCGGACUGUCCCACCCGGGCUCAGCGGCCGCGAGGUCGCGACUCCCGAUGGAAAUCAUAUGACAUAGAAUAUUUGGGUGACAUCUUCCUGAAAGAUUUCCAAGAAUAACAGAAGAAAAAACACUAAUGCAUUUGAAAAAGUGGUAAUAUUUGGGGAGAGGGGAAAAAAACUGCUUUCUUGAUCUGCAACUUGACUGGAUGCUAAGAUGUCUGUGGACAUGAAUAGCCAGGGAUCUGACAGCAAUGAAGAGGACUAUGAUCCAAAUUGUGAGGAGGAGGAGGAAGAGGAGGAGGAAGAGGAUGAGGACCCUGGGGACAUAGAGGACUAUUAUGUGGGAGUAGCCAGCGAUGUUGAACAGCAGGGCGCCGAUGCUUUUGACCCUGAGGAGUACCAGUUUACCUGCUUGACCUACAAGGAGUCUGAGAGUGCCCUCAACGAGCAUAUGACCAGCUUAGCCUCUGUUCUAAAGGCCGUUGAUGCUCACUGCCAUCAGCUGCAUCCUCCCUAUGGCACUGGUAUCUCAUUCAGUUGCUAAACUUAUAUUAGUUAAUUUCCACUGGCAAGUCACAGAGAUAUUGGACAGAUACAAGUCUAAUUCUGCACAACUACUCGUUGAAGCUCAAGUUCAGCCCAAUCCAUCAAAACAUGUCCCCACAGCCCAUCCCCCUCACCACUGUGCAGUGUGUAUGCAGUUUGUACGGAAGGAAAACCUCCUCUCUCUGGCCUGUCAGCACCAGUUUUGCCGCAGCUGCUGGGAACAGCACUGCUCAGUACUUGUCAAGGAUGGCGUGGGUGUUGGAGUCUCUUGCAUGGCUCAAGACUGCCCCCUCCGAACACCAGAGGAUUUUGUGUUUCCAUUGCUGCCCAAUGAAGAAUUGAGAGACAAAUACAGGCGCUACCUCUUCAGGGACUAUGUGGAGAGUCACUACCAGCUCCAGCUCUGUCCUGGUGCAGACUGCCCCAUGGUUAUCCGGGUACAGGAGCCUAGAGCUCGCCGAGUGCAGUGUAAUCGGUGCAAUGAGGUCUUCUGUUUCAAGUGUCGUCAGAUGUAUCACGCCCCCACAGACUGCGCCACAAUCCGGAAAUGGCUCACGAAGUGUGCAGACGACUCUGAAACAGCCAACUACAUUAGUGCUCACACUAAAGAUUGUCCCAAGUGCAACAUCUGCAUUGAGAAGAAUGGAGGCUGCAAUCAUAUGCAAUGCUCAAAGUGUAAACACGACUUCUGCUGGAUGUGUCUAGGAGACUGGAAGACUCAUGGCAGUGAGUACUAUGAGUGCAGUCGGUACAAGGAAAACCCCGACAUCGUCAACCAGAGCCAGCAAGCCCAAGCCAGGGAAGCCCUAAAGAAGUACUUAUUCUACUUUGAGAGGUGGGAAAACCACAACAAGAGCUUGCAGCUGGAGGCACAGACAUACCAGCGGAUUCAUGAGAAAAUUCAGGAGAGGGUCAUGAAUAAUCUGGGGACGUGGAUCGACUGGCAGUACCUACAGAAUGCUGCCAAGCUCUUGGCCAAGUGCCGGUACACCCUGCAGUACACCUACCCGUACGCCUACUACAUGGAGUCCGGGCCCAGGAAGAAGCUGUUUGAAUACCAGCAGGCUCAGCUGGAGGCUGAGAUUGAGAACCUGUCAUGGAAGGUGGAGCGUGCGGACAGCUAUGACAGAGGGGACUUAGAGAACCAGAUGCACAUAGCAGAACAGCGGAGGAGGACCCUGCUGAAGGAUUUCCAUGACACCUAGAUUGAGACAAGAACAUGCCGGAGUGAGGAAGAUGGCGCUGCGAGGUCUCCCGGCUGCCACACUGCAUGCUGCAGGCUCUGCCUUUCACGACCCCAGGCAACGGCCAGGGCCCCACUCCUGAGAGACACUGGCCACACACACCUCUUAGUUGAUUUCUGUUUUCUUCUCAUCUUUUUGCUUUUUGUUUCUACCAGGUAGAGGCCAUGUUGAGUUUUGGCAUCUUUUCAGGACUUUAAUUUCCCCUGGAUGGUUGGGAGGGAGGGAAAGAUUUUCUGAAUGACUAUAAAUAGUAUUAGAUCAUUACAACUUAUAUAAUUUUCAAUGGUUGUACAAUUAUACAAAAAAAAGUGGCAAACAAACCAUAGAUUACACAGAACCCUUUUUAAAAAUAAAUUGGCAUUGGAGUGUUUUACCCUCUAGCUAUUUUACUUAGAACAUAACACAUGCCGCCCACCUCCCCUGCCUCAGAAUGUCUGCUGCCAGAGGGCCCCAGGGUGGUCUCAGUUUCCAAAUGCUCGUGUGUUUGGCCACAGCAGGAGCCCCACAGGAAGAACAUGGGUGGCAGAUGGUGGGGAGUUGGGGUGGCCUAGGUAGCAGGCGUGGAGCAUAGGGAAUUACCUCAUACUUCCUGCCUGGUCUUUGUAGACUCUCGCGGUCAGGUGUACCUGCCGUGCACGGGCAGUUGAGGAGACAGCACAGGUGCAACACAGAACAGUGUCUUGCCCUGAAGUGUUGCCGUCUCUGGCGGCACUGUGUACAUGUGGGCUCUAGUUCACUCUUGAAAGUGAGGUUCACCUGGGUGUCUGGCUCCACAGCACAGCAUAGCAUAGAGAUGAGCUUGUCGCCCUCUAUACCAGAGGACACGAGUCCACAGUGUUUCCUAAGGAUAGAGCUCCGCUUUUACCGGGAAUUGUUCCCCAAAGUAAAUUUGUUUUAUCUUGCUCCCUUCUUUUGUGCCAGUGGUAUAAGUCUGACCAGGGUCACAUGUGGCCAUAGCAGAUACUGCCCUGCUACAGUGUCCUCCGGUGAACUUACGGGGCAGAGUUCAGCAUGGCCCUCCUGAGGGCACUGGUUUUCCUGGCUCAGGGUCCAGAUUUGCACAGGUUUUCCUGUUUCCUGGAAUGUAUCCAGUGACUGCUGUGGGGGUUGGGCACUUGUCCCACUCUCCUGAUCUUAGCUAUUGGAGGACACUACCCUGUGGUCUGGGAAUUAGAGGUCAGGAGGGAGCUUGACUUUUGUCUCAACUCCUGUGCUGGCCAGAAAAGAGGGCCAGUUUUUGCACAAUUGAAUGCAAAGGAGCAAGUGGCUGAAUGUCAUUCUGCCUGUCCUGGACCUAGUCCUGUGGGUCUUUGAAAAGCUACAUCUGUGUUUCCUGGGGUUUCUCUGGCUUUUAUUCAGUGCCUCCACUCUGGCUGAUAGAGCUGUCUAUACUUGACAGGGCCUCCUUGACUUCCCAGAGGAGUUGCUAGGGAGAUCUAUGAAUAUUUUGUUGAAAAAACUCUUUGAUAGUCAUACAUUUUCCUCUCCAGUCAGCCAUCCCCCAGGUACCCUGUAAGCUGUAAAACUGAAUCAUUCUCAAAGACAGGACACCUGUGGUUCUUGGGGUCAUGAGGCUCAUGGCUGGCUGCAGGCUCCCUUUACUUCCCCAUUGGGCUUUAUCAUUUCCUGUUAUCUCCAGCAAGGAAGGGGUUGUGGGGUGAAUUGGGAAAGCAAGUUAGGAUUGUUGCAAAUGAAUCUAGACUGGGGUGGGGAAGAGCCAGCUGUUCAUGAGGAGAGUGCUCGCUGCUGGACCUAGGUUUGGAGUGUGACUGCUUUGUCGGCACAUGGAAGAGCCUCGCAUCUGAAGCCUUCACCUCUUCUCUCCGGCAAGUCAUUUUGUGUCACUGCCAUGACACAGGACCUGAGUUGCAGCCCUGCACUUUACGUCACUCCCUGGGCAUCCUGGGGCCCUUCUGGACUUCACACCUACUGCAUAGUGCGCUUGAUUCAUCUGCGGCCCCAGCCACUGGAACUGCAGGAGCUGCUCUGCCCAGACGUAGUCUGCAGCCCUGACAGACGGAGAGGCUCCUUUUGUGGCCCCAGUGGCUGUCCUUUGUUAACAUCAUCGGAAAGAUGAAAAAAUCUGGCAGAGUUUUUCUGCCCUACAAAGGCACAGUGUUGUCAUGAAUUUACCAGAUAACUGUUUUUUCUUCAAAGAAAAGAUUACUAGAGGCAGUGUCAUCUGCUCAAAGUUGAGUGGUUUAUUCAAAAUAAAUUGAAAAUUUCUGGUUAAAAGCAUAUGUGUAUAGUCUUUCUUCAGAGGACCCAAGUAGUCUUCUGUACUAGUACCCGGGGGUUCUGGCCAGAUAGCACCACACGCCAGCCGCUCCUCCAGAGGUUUGUGAAGGCCCCUCUGGCUUGACUUCUCUAUCUCCCCUUCUGGCUUUCUGGGGGAGGGGGCUGCUCUGGAAGGAAGUAGAAUAUCCUGAUGCUUUUGGCUGUCCUCAGACCCUCGGUGCAGGCCAAACGGUUCCUUACCACAAACAGGUCCCAACACUGCAGUAGGGUACUGAUUAGGGUACUGAUUGGAAUACUCUACAGUGCUUGCUGGAAUCAUAAUCUCAUUCAAAACACCCCUGGGUCGCUCCUAGGAGAUGUGAAAACAGACUGGAUUAUGGCAGCGGGAGAGUGGAGGAGGGACAUGACUUCACAAGGCCCUAGAGAGUGGCGAAGGAGACUAUAGAUAGAAACUGCAAGUGUUUGCAGUUUCACCCCAAGGCUUAAGGACCUUGAUUUCAGUUGAACUUCCAUAUUUGCAAUGUCAGGAGUGGCUGCACCUUCAGUGAUUCGCCCAGGAGUGAAGGCUUCAAAGCGGUGGGCAGCGUGCACAAGGCAGCCAAAGCGCUUCCAGACACUGCCAGUCUGCACUCCACAGGUGCUAUACACAGCACCUGUGGGUACAGGUGUUUGGCACCUGAGCAUACAGUGGUGCCAAAGAUAAGUGACUUUACCCUCCAGGAGCCUCCAGAACAUGGGUGACACAGAUGAAAUUGAUCACUAGAGAGUAUUUUCACCGAAGCAGCGGGCCAUUGUUAUAGGCCAGUGGGCAGGGGCACCAUAGCCUUGAAGGUCUCCAAAAAUAAAGUGAAAAUAGCACUUGCAGACAAAAUCAGAAGUAGGGAUUUUUUUUAUAUCUUCCUUGUCUUCUACAUGGCAAUCAGCAUUGCCUGUGCAGGGGGCUCUACUUAGGCACUGAAGACACAGACAUUGAUCUUGUCACAAGACAGUCUUAACAGCAACUGAGCAUGUAUCCACUUAGUCCUCCCAUUUUGAAUUGGGUGCUGUCAUAUGCAAAUCACAGAGCUAUUCAAAGUGUCACCAAUACCCUGCUAGUAAAUAGCAAGAAAAAAUGUAUUCAGUUAACAACUGGAUAGUUAGCACCUAGAUGAUAAUACAGGUGAGAACACCCGCACAAAGCCUAGAUCUGACUAUCAGCAAACUGGGUCAGAAGUAGGAGGGGUCGGCCACCCCCACAAAGUGAGCCAGGCUGGUGAGAGGUUUUAGGCAUUAAAAUGAUCGGGGCAUUAAAAGGCUAAGAAAUUAUGGUGGCGCAAC